AUCCGGACAAAGUUUAGUGAGGGACCACUUCCGGUGUAGUUGUCAACAAGACCACGCGUGUUUCGAGUUAAAAUGCCGAAGGUUCAGAAAGGAAAAGCGGCGGAGAAAGUUGUUCAUCCGUUCAGCAGGAAAGCUGCUUAUCUCGCCCGAGAAGAGAUCAGACUGAAGAAGAAAGAAAGGCAGAAGAAUGACAAAGCAACACGUCUGAGCAGCAUCGGUGAGAAGCUGUUGUGGUUUCAGGAACAGUUGGAUCCAGAAAAGACGGCUUACACCAGAAAAGACGCCUGUGACAUUAUUGAAAGGUACCUCCAAAGGUUUGAUUGUGAACUCGAGCAGAUUGAGCUGAUGAACGGGAUCAAAGGUCGACAGGGUCGUCUCCAUGGCGCCAGAGAGGCUGUCAUCAAACAGACCAUCGAGCGGGAGCGAGCGCAGUAUGAGGGCGGCGGAUUCGAGAUCCCAGACAUCAUCAAUGGAAAACAUCUGAAAACAUUCAGAGAGUGGACCGGAGAUCUUAAGAAACUUCCAAAUAUUAAACUGCGAAAGGUGUCUAACAAAGGUUUGGACACAAAGAAUGAAGAAGAGGAGAAACACGACGCAGAGGAUGAUAUUGAGGAUGAUGAUGAAGAUGACUUUAAUGACGAGCAGCUGGAUGACACAGCGCUGAUGUCGGAUUUAAACUGAGGCUGGUUUUAUAUCAACGCUCCGGUCGUCCAUUCAGGACUGAAAAGUUUGUUUGUAAAAAUGCUGCCACUCCCUGACUGUCCACAAGAUGGUGCCAAACUCUCAGAGAUGGAAAACUAAAGUUUUAUCAGCCUGUCGUCCUUUUUCAAAGUCUUCUUGUUGCUCAGUAACGUCACACAAACCUUUGAGGGGUUCUACUUUCAUUGUUUAUUGCACAAACAAACAUCCAUCGUGUAACCUGAAUAUUCAACUUUAACCAGCCGAGAG